UGCUAUCAACAGUAACCUGCCACAGUGGCGGCUUCUCUAUCUUCUCGCUCACCUUUACCGAGCCGUUUUUGAAACAUUCCGAUUUAAAAAUGAAAGGAUUUGAUCAUACGGCCGUUGUUGCCUAUUUGAGAAGCGAAGACGGAGCUGUGGCCGCGUGAAUUUGUCUCGGCGUCUGUCAUAUGUUUGGACCAUCCGUGGCUCCAUUCGUGAAAUUCUUCAGAGAAACACGGUUGGAUCAUCGGACGACAUCGUUGACCAACUGAUUCAUGUCAUGUCCGCAGGGCGUAAUGUGGAACAGCAGAUUCCCCUGCAGCAGCGUGCUCCCUCUCUUGCCAUGCCCUCCAUGGCCCAGCGGCCUAGGCCCGAACCAGGCUUCCUGCCCCUGCAUGGUGGCUUCAGGGACCACUUUGUGACGACACCUGAGCCCAAGUACUGCUGCGAGUCCUGCAGGCUAGUGCUGUGUAGCCCUUGGCAGACUGAAUGUGGACAUCGCUUCUGCGAGAGCUGCAUCAAAGAUCUGCUUAGUAAGCCUGGCCCAGUGUGUCCAGCUGAUUUAGAACCACUCUUUGAAGAUAAGAUUUUCCGGGAUGUUUGCUGCUAUAGGGAAAUUAUGGCUCUGAAGGUCUACUGCCGGAGUGAGAAAAAUGGAUGUAAAGAACAAAUGAAUUUACAACGGGUCAUGGAUCACUUGGAAGUUUGUCCGUACUUCGAGGUGCCGUGCCCCUUGGGAAAGUGUAAGGAGAAGAUGAUGAGGAAAGACAUGCCUGAGCACUUGAGCCGCAAAUGCAAACACAGAGAGAUCACCUGUGAAUUCUGCAAUCACAAGAUGGCCCUCACCGAGUUACAGAAACACAAAGAAACUGUCUGUCCUGCAUUUCCUGUAGCAUGUCCUAAUCACUGCUCAUUUUCUUCCAUUUUAAGAAGCGAGCUGUCCAGUCACCAGAACGACUGUCCAAAGGCCCAGGUGACCUGCCCCUUAAUUCGCUAUGGAUGUUCCUACAAGGGGCUGAAUCAAGAAAUGAGGGAACAUGAGGCCAGUUAUGCCUCUGAACACCUGAGACUAAUGGCAGUCAGGAACACCACACUAGAGGCCAAGGUAGAAGAUAUUAAGAGUGAGCUGAUGGAGCGUUAUAAGGUUCUGCCCAGCCUCAGCAGUCGUCUGGCGGAGGUAGAAACACAAUAUGAGGAGAUGAGAGAAAAAAACCGACAGCUGGAACAGAAGCUUGUCAGCAUGCAGAAAUUGAUGAGUUCUCACUCAGAGAAACUGCUCGAGGUUGAGAUGGAGCUGCGGGAGCUUCGUCCACUGCGAGCUAUAAGGGAGGAGGUGGAAGCUCUCAGAGGAUCAGUGGAGAGCAUGCGUUCAGUUGUAUCAUCUCUGGACUCUGGUCAUGUCGGAUCCAGUUCUGGUUCUCACACCCUGGGCUCUUUAGAUCAGCAGCUCUCAAGGCACGAUGAAAUGUUGAGUGUCCAUGACAUCCGCCUGGCAGAGAUGGACUUGAAGCUGCAGGUGCUAGAGACGGCCAGCUUCAAUGGUACGCUCAUUUGGAAGAUCCGUGACUACAAGAGGCGGAAACAGGAAGCCGUUGCCUCCAAAACCCUCUCGCUCUACAGCCAGCCCUUCUACACAGGCUAUUUCGGCUACAAGAUGUGCGCCCGUGUCUAUCUAAAUGGGGAUGGUAUGGGUAAAGGCACACAUCUCUCCCUCUUCUUUGUGGUCAUGCGUGGCGAAUAUGAUGCCUUGUUGCCGUGGCCAUUCAAACAGAAAGUAACGUUGAUGCUAAUGGACCAGGGGCCGGCAAGGAAACACUUAGGUGAUGCCUUCAAACCAGACCCCAUUAGCAGUAGCUUUCGCCGGCCCACUGGUGAGAUGAACAUUGCCUCGGGCUGUCCGCUCUUUGUGGCUCAGACUGUCCUGGAGAAUGGAACCUACAUAAAAGACGACACCAUUUUCAUCAAGGUGACAGUUGAUACCUCCGAUCUGCCAGAUCCCUGAUUGCAAUUUCAUUGGGUCCAACUAAUACAAAGUCACACAGCCAUCCCAGCCAAGACUAUGAGGCUUCAAAGAGCUGGGCUGAGAGAGGAGGAACCCAUGACAAGUGUGGGUUUUUAACAGAGCGAUCAUAACGGUCAGAGUUGUAUGCUUGUGCUUACGAGAUGGUGCGCUCUUCGGGAAACAGUAGUGCCUUGCUGGGCUAGAUUUUUAACGAAUUUAAGAGGAGGUUUGACCGGACAGUGUUUACACUGUUUAAUUAGAUGAGAUCUCCAGUGCCAACCUCAUUAAGAGAGUAAAGAUCCUUCAACUCUAAAUAAACAAGAGAAUGGUAAUGUCUCUGGAGCUUAAAAAAAAAAAAACAGGAGAAAUGGAAAAGAAAACGGUGUGUAAUUUGUUUGGGAACUAAUGACCAGCCCAAAGUGAGAGGAAACUGUUUACUCUUUGUCAUUGUGUUAGCCUUAAAUAAGUAUGAAUGUAUUUUGAGGCUAAUAGUCAUCUCUCUUAUAGUUGGUUAUAUUGUAAGAUAACCCUUCAUGUUUGGUAAUAAUGACAAGUUUUGUAUUUGGUUGUAUCCGGUGGUUUUGCACAAUAUGCAAAUAAGUACUUGAGCGAACAUCUGUUGUAAGUGUUGUGUGGUGGUGUUCAGUUAAUAUCGAGAGGAGUUUUGUGACUAGAAAUUUAGUUUUUGUGGGCAGGGGUGGAUGUGUUUCUGUGUUGUGUAUUAAUUAUAAAGGACCUGACUAUGGAGCGUUCAUGAAGGACUACAUUGGCACUAAACAAUGACCCUGCAGAAGGGGUUCCAUUGUCAAGAAUCAAAACCUCAGAUUUUUAUGCAUGUAAAACCUAUUCUUACAUGACUUCACCUUCCCUGCGUUUAACACUUUGACACAUUAUUUUUUGUAAUGUCAUAUUUAAUGGAUGCUAUGCAUCGGAAUAUAUUGUCCUUAUUUUGUGUUUUUGUAUUUUAUUUUUUAAAACCGUUUGAAAUAAUGCCUUUGUCUCCAGCCAUGCUUCCGGAGACACAUACAAUAAUCCAGAUCAUUUUUCAUGGUAGGGAUGGUUUUUGCACAAGUAUUGUUUGA